AUGAAAAUUGUUUUCUUUGGUGCUCCAGGAGUUGGUAAAGGGACAUUUGCUGAAAUUUUAUCAAAAAAAGAAAAAAUAAAACAUAUUAACAUUGGAAAUAUUUUAAGAAAUGAAAUAAAAAAGGAAUCAAAUUUAGGUAAGGAAAUAAAAAAAAUAGUUAAAAGUGGAAAUUUAGUAGAAGAUAAUUUAAUUGUAAAUAUUGUCGAUGAAGAAAUCAAAAAUUCAUUAAAUAAAUACAAAGGAUUUAUAUUAGAUGGAUUUCCAAGAAAUAUUUUACAAAGUAAAGAGUUAAUUAAAAUUACAACUAUAGAUUUAUUUAUUAAUAUAUAUUUGCCUAAACAUAUAUUAAUAAAAAAAUUAUUAGGAAGAAGAUUAUGUAAUAUAUGUGAUAAUAAUUUUAAUGUUGCAAAUAUUCAAGAAAAUGAAUUUGAUAUGCCACCAAUUCUACCAUCAAAAGAAUGUAAUACUUGUAAUGGUAAUGCAAACUUAACUAAAAGAAGUGAUGAUAAUGAAGAAGUAAUUAAACAUAGGUUAAACUCAUAUGAAUCUAUAUAUUUACCUAUUAUUAAUUUUUUUAAAAAUAGUAAUUACACCAUAAUAGAUUUUGAACUAAAAAAGGGCAUAAAAGACUUUGACCGCUUAUAUAAUAUUAUUUUAAAAUAUUUUUAA